CCAUUGAAACUACGUAAAGGAAGGUUAUAGGCCCAAAAUAAGAACGUGGGAAUACAUAUUUUUACCAUAUAGGCCCAAUAAAUUACUAUGGGCCUUAAAAUGUAAACUCAUUCACCGUCGACUUCACCGAUCUCGUGAUUUGCCGGUGGUUCUACACUGACAGAGUAUUAUCGGCGGGCGGGAUUUUAUUGAAUCCCUUUCUCUUUCCAGUAAUGGCAUCUAGAGCAGAGGAGAGAUCGCCGGCGAAGAUCAAAAUCGAAACGGCGGUUAAAAUGGAAGAGGAAGAAGACGACGAGCAUGAUUCUAAGGAGAGAGUUCUGCAGAGGUACUUUUUACAAGAAUGGAAGCUCGUUAAAUCCCUUCUCGAUGAUAUUGUUUCAAAUGGCCGUGUCGUUAAUCCUACUUCUGUUCAGAAGAUCCGAUCCAUUAUGGAUAAAUACCAGGAGCAAGGUCAACUAGUGGAACCUUACUUAGAGAGUAUAGUUUCUCCAUUAAUGUUUAUCAUCCGCUCCAAAACAGUUGAUUUAGAAGCCAGACCUGAUGAAAUUCUUGAGAUUAUUAAGCCAAUUAGCAUCAUUAUCUAUGCUUUAGUUACCGUCUGUGGGUACAAAGCUGUUAUCAAGUUCUUCCCGCAUCAAGUAUCCGAUCUGGAACUCGCUGUGUUGCUCCUGGAGAAGUGCCAUAGUACAAAUUCUGUUUCUGCUUUGAGGCAAGAAAGCACUGGAGAAAUGGAAGCCAAAUGUGUUACUCUUUUGUGGCUUUCGAUCCUUGUGUUGGUUCCGUUUGAUAUUUCUUCUGUUGAUACAAGCAUUGCUGAUGACAAGACCUUUGGUGUGGACGACCUUGCUCCUUUGGUAUUGAAGAUAUUAGGUUUCUGUAAGGACUAUCUAUGCAGUGCUGGACCAAUGCGCAGGAUAUCUGGAUUGCUUCUAUCGAAGCUUUUAACCCGUCCGGAUAUGGGAAAAGCUUUUUCAAGCUUUUUUGAGUGGACACAUGAAGUUUUAUCUUGUAAGGAAGAUAGUGUCACAAACCACUUUCGCUUGCUUGGUGUAAUGGAAGCUCUGUCUGCCAUUUUUAAGACUGCUAGCCGGAAAGUGUUGCUAGAUGUGCUUCCUAUUGUUUUGAAUGAUGUGACCGUGCUAAGCAAAUCAAAUGCGGCGGCUAAAAGUUCUCUGCUUCGCAAGUAUUUGAUCAAGUUAACUCAGAGGAUAGGGCUUGUUUGUCUUCCUCAUCGCUCACCUUCCUGGCGCUAUGUGGCUCAAACUGUCUCUCUUUCUGAGAAUAUGUCUACGAGUUCAUCCCAAAGAUUGCCGCCUGAUCAUACUGUGACUGCCAUCUUACAACCAGAAAGUUUGGAUGAUCAAGAGGAUGAAGAUAUGGAUGUUCCAGAAAUCUUAGAAGAGAUUAUUGAAAUGCUACUCGCGGGUUUGAGGGACACGGACACCGUGGUUCGUUGGUCUGCUGCGAAGGGUAUAGGUCGUGUAACUUCACGUCUAACAUCUGUUCUGUCUGAAGAGGUGUUGUCAUCUGUAUUGGAGCUGUUUUCACCAGGAGAGGGAGAUGGUUCAUGGCAUGGGGGUUGUUUGGCCUUAGCUGAACUGGCUCGUAGAGGGUUACUUUUGCCUAGAAGUUUUCCACUAGUCGUUCCAGUUAUUGUGAAGGCACUCCAUUAUGAUGUUCGCCGUGGUCCACACAGUGUUGGAUCUCAUGUGCGUGAUGCAGCUGCCUAUGUUUGUUGGGCAUUUGGACGUGCCUAUUCCCACAAAGAUAUGAAAAACGUGCUGGAUCAGCUUGCUCCAGAUUUAUUGAUAGUAGGUUCCUUUGAUAGAGAGGUGAACUGUAGAAGGGCUGCUGCCGCUGCUUUCCAAGAGAAUGUUGGAAGACAAGGAAAUUACCCUCAUGGGAUUGACAUAGUGAACAUAGCUGAUUAUUUUUCCCUUUCUUCUCGGAUGAACUCUUACCUUCAGGUUGCUGUUUUCAUUGCUCAAUAUGAAGGGUAUCUACAUCCUUUUGUGGAUGAAUUGCUAUACAACAAGAUCUGCCACUGGGAUAAAAGCUUGAGAGAACUUGCUGCAGAAGCUCUUGCUGCUCUUGUUAAGUACGAGCCUAAGCACUUUGCCAACUAUGUGCUGGAGAAACUAAUUCCUUGUACCCUUUCAACUGAUUUGUGCAUGCGCCAUGGUGCAACAUUGGCAGCUGGAGAGGUUGUGUUAGCUCUGCACCAGUGUGGCUAUGUCCUUUCUGCUGAUAGCCAAAAGCGUAUGGCUGGGAUUGUUCCAUCCAUUGAGAAAGCACGCCUUUACCGUGGAAAAGGUGGAGAAAUAAUGCGACUGGCUGUCUCACGGUUUAUCGAGUGUAUCUCGCUAUCUCAUGUGACAUUAGCUGAAAGAACAGAAGGGAUCUUGCUUGAUACUCUCACUGAGAAUUUAAGACAUCCCAAUUCUCAAAUACAGAAUGCAGCUGUCAGUGCUGUUAAACAGCUUGUGCAAUCCUAUCUCGUUGGCAAUGAUAAGAAAUCUGUUAAUUUAAUAUCAAAACACCUAAAACAUCUAACGGACCCAAAUGUAGCUGUCCGAAGAGGUUCUGCACUUGCACUAGGUGUCUUGCCAUAUGAACUAUUGACUGCAAAAUGGAAGGAUAUAGUUUUGAAGCUCUGCAGUGCGUGUAAGAUAGAGGUGAACCCUGAAGACAGAGAUGCAGAGGCACGUGUGAAUGCUGUAAAAGGACUCACAUCCGUGUGUGAGACUCUUACUCAGAAAAGGGCUCCUGAUCCUGAAAACGAUGACCUGUCUCUUUUUCUUCUUAUCAAGACUGAAGUGAUGGAUACUUUACUGAAAGCUCUUGAUGACUAUUCAGUUGAUAACCGAGGUGAUGUAGGUUCUUGGGUUCGUGAAGCUGCAGUCCAUGGCCUUGAGAAGUGUACAUAUAUCCUCUGUAAGAAAAUCGGAAUAAAUUCAGAGGGUGAUCAUAACGAUGAUACGUCCUCACUUUUCGAUUCAAAUCUUGCGACCCGUCUAAUUGGAGGUAUUGUGAAGCAAGGAGUGGAGAAAAUGGAUAAAUUAAGAGAAACAGCUGCAAAGGUUCUUCAAAGGAUUUUGUAUCACAAAUCUGUUUCCGUCCCUCAUAUACCUCAUAGAGAAAAACUGGAAGAAAUUCUUCCCAACAAGGCAAGCUUACAGUGGGCGGUUCCGGCUUUCUCUUUCCCACGUUUUGUGCAGCUAUUAAAACUCCGUUGCUACAGCAAAGAGGUGAUGUCUGGAUUAGUAAUUUCUAUUGGAGGAUUACAAGAUUCACUUAGAAAGGCUUCUCUCGUUGCAUUGUUGGAGUAUAUGAGGGAAGGUGAAGCUAAAGACCCUAAAGAACAACAAUCCAGAGAGUCUGCACUGGGAGAUGACAUUCUAUGGAUACUUCAAGAGUACAAGAAAUGUGACAGAGUUAUGGUACCCUGUCUACAGACAAUUGAGAUCCUCUUCAGCAGCAAGAUCUUUCUGAAUCUAGAGUCUUAUACCUUGAGUUUCUACGCGGGUGCCAUGGAUUCUCUAGCCAUCGAACUAAGAGCUUCUAAGGAUUUCACAAAGUUAAAAGCAGGCCUUGCAAUACUUGGAUAUAUCGCUUCAGUCUCACAUCCCAUCAGCACAAAAGCAUUCUCUCAGCUUCUAUCAUUCCUUGGCCACCGAUACCCAAUGAUCCGAAAGGCGGCAGCUGAACAAGUCUAUCUUGCGCUACUUCAGAACGGAAUCUUAGUGACAGAGGAGAAGAUGGAGAAAGUUAUAGAGAUAAUUUCAGAAUCUUGUUGGGAAGCAGACAUGGAAACGACUAAGAGUCAGAGGUUAGAAUUGUGCGAAUUGGCUGGUUUAGACCAUGAAGUAGUGUUCAAGACAAGAAACAGAUUGGCGACUAGGGAUAUAGCCGGGAAUGAAACGACUGCGUCUGACGAGAACGCGUCUUACUCUUCCUUGGUCGAUUCCUCUGGCUUUUGAUUGCACGCUUUGUCCUUGAAUUAGUUUUGUCCCUCUUGUUUUUUGCAUCGUUUUGGUUUUGUUCUGUUGGUAUUUUCGUCCAUGAUUA